AUGAGUCAUAAACAGGGCUACACUUUUGUGAAAUAAGUGCCAGACUUUAUCUAGAAAAUGGGUCUGGGUAACAAGGAGCUUCAAGACUACAAGGAGAAAACCGAGCAUAAACUAGAGGACAAGCUGCCUCAAAAUCCUGCCACAGACGAGGAUAAGAAGAAGUAAGCUGAGAAAGAAGAGUAUGACUUUGAAAAUGCUUAGAUUGAAGAUCUGGGGAACUUUAUAUCAGCCGAGGGAGACCCUGAGGCUAACCAGGAUAAACUCAUGACUAUGCUUAAGAAAAGGAUAGCAAAGCUGGAUGAAGAACUAGAGAAGACUACAGGGGCAGACAAUAAAUUGGAUAUAUCAAAUAAAGAAGUGUGUGAUGAUAAUAAAUAAGUUGAAGUCGAAGGAGAAGAAGAGAAGGAAGGGAGUAAAAAAGCAUAAUUCGUCAGGAGAAGGGAUAGGAAGACUAUAGCUAAAUCUGAGAAAGCUGAUGCAUCAAAUAAAUAAAUAGAAAACAGUAAAAAUAAAGAUAAAAAGAUUUUGACAUCAAAAUCAAGUAAAGUAGUGCUCUCCUUUGAAGAGGAUGAUAUUUGA